GGAAACCAUAAGAAAAUACGUUUCCUUUCUUUUCUUUUCUUUUCUUUUCCUUUCCUUUCUUUUUCUUUUCCAUCAACAAUCUUCUCAGAGAUUGUUGUUUGGGAUAUUUCUAUUCUUCCUUGAGUAGAUUUUAUAAUUGGGGUACUUCAAAUCUAUGGCUCCAAGCAGGCUAAAAAAAGCCAUUGGGCGUGUCAAAGAUCAAACCAGGAUAGGCCUAGCCAAAGUUGGUGGCACCACCUCAUUGUCGGACCUUGAUGUUGCCAUCGUUAAGGCGACAAGGCAUGAAGAACAGCCUGCCGACGAGCGGUACAUUCGAGAAAUCAUAUGCAUAACGUCGUAUUCGCGCGCCUACAUCAUUGCAUGCAUCAACACGAUGUCUAGGCGGCUCAACAAGACCAAGAGUUGGACGGUUGCAUUGAAGACUCUAUUGUUGAUCCAUCGGCUACUGAAUGAAGGCGAUCUAGCAUAUCAACAAGAGAUUUUCUUUUCGACAAGGCGCGGGACUCGGAUCCUCAACUUGUCGGAUUUUCGCGACACUUCGCGGUACCGUUCGUGGGACUUCUCUGCGUUUGUGCGUACUUAUGCACUUUACCUUGACGAAAAAUUGGAGUACAAUAUUCAAGAUAGACGCGGGGAAAAGACUAAGACAGCGACCAUAGCGAAUGAAAAUAAAGAGGAAGAGAACAACGAGAAGGAAAGUGGAGCUAAAUCAUCACACUUUCGAGAGAUGAAGACGGAACAAAUAUUUACAACGUUGCAACAUUUGCAACAGCUGCUUGAACGAUUCUUAGCCUGCCGACCAAUAGGAGCAGCAAAGUGCAACAGGGUGGUGACUGUGGCGCUUUACCAAAUAGUGAAGGAAAGUUUCCAGUUAUAUUACGACAUAACUGAAAUACUGUCUAUUUUUAUCGACCGUUUAAUGGAGCUAGAUCUUGCUGAAUCCCUUCAAGUUUAUGAUAUAUUUUGCCGUCAAGGCAAGCAAUUCGAUGAGCUCGAUAACUUCUAUUCCUGGUGUAAAAGUGCCGGCAUUGGACGCUCUUCUGAGUAUCCUAAUAUUGAGAAAAUCACGCAAAAGAAACUCGAUCUCGUCGAUGAACUGAUGCGUGAUAAGAAAUUGGAAGCAAAAAAGGUCGAGGAUGAUUUACCUAAGGAUGAAGUGGAGCUGGAAGUUAAAGAAUCAGAAGUGGUUGAAGAAGAAGAUAUGAAUGCCAUUAAGGCGUUGCCGGCGCCGGAGGAGGAAGUCGAGGAAGCAUCUGUUGCGAAAGGAUUAGAGAAAGAAGAGAAAGAUGAAUCCCAAGCCAUAGUUUUGCAACAAGUGGUUGAUUUGUUGAAUCUAGGAGAUGAUGUGGUGUCGAGCAAGGAUCAAGCGGAGAAAUUCGCGUUGGCUUUGUUCGACGGCGGCGUGUCAGUCGGGCCUCCAGCGGGACUUGGCUGGGAUGCUUUCAAGGACGAAGCUGAUUGGGAAUCGGCCUUGAUUCAAUCAACAAGCAAUCUCAAUCAUCCGAAAGCAAGUCUCGGAGGUGGAUUCGAUAUGCUGAUGCUCGAUGGAAUGUAUCAACAUGGCCGAAUGGCUUCGCAAGGUAUGGCGGCAACCGGAAGCGCGAGCAGCGUCGCAUUUGGAUCAGCCGGAAGACCGGCUGCAUUGGCAUUGCCAGCUCCAACUUCGUCCAAUGGGAAGAACACGAGCGACAGUGAUCCGUUCAUGGCAUCACUCACCGUGGCACCACCGCCGUACGUACAAAUGUCAGACAUGGGGAAGAAGCAAAAGCUUUUGGCAGAGGAACAAGCAAUGUGGGAGCAAUACAAAAGGAACGGAGUGCAAGGACAUGUUGGAAUGGAGAAAUUACAAACAUCUCCUUACAGUCAAGGAGGGCAUGGCUAUUGAAGCUUCGUCGUGCCUCAACCCCAUAAGAAAGAUAAUAUAAAUUCGAAUCUCGGAAAAAGGCACUUGGAGGGCUUUUUCUUAAACGCUCCCGGUUCAACUAAUAUUAGUCUCAAGUCCAAUGUGACUUGAAAUGCCCUAAGUUUACACACACAAAUUUGAACAGGCGUUAAUUGUUUUGUUUAGUCUUUUAAUCCUGUCUUCUCCUUUUUUUCAGCAUUAAACUUGGUGUUUCAAAACUUUUCUUAGGACUAAAUUGCAUAAUUAAUGCGGAAAUAUUACCCAAAAUUAAAUCUAAUCAAACCUUUUUGCUUAAUUUUACGGCCCAUUUCCUUUAAUAGAUUUCACAAAUUAAAUAUGU